CGUGAUGUUGGACAGUGCAUAACUGAGAGUACUAGUUAUGAGAAAACCAUGUGGGAGAUAAUAGAAACGGAACUUGAGGAAAUAAAUGUGGAGAAUCUUGGAUUCGAUCAUCCGAUUUGUUCAGGUGUUCUAGAUAUCAAGUCAGAACCCUUUACAAAUAUGCUUGGGUCGGUUUCUGAUAUUUUUAAGGAACCAUUUUGA